CUGUGUCCCUCGGACACAGCGGAUCACCAAUCCACGUAAAGAGCCGAAGAUGUCGGCUUGGUCAUGUGAUCAGCUGUGUCCAAUCACAGCUGAUCACAUGGGACAUGUACACUGAUCAUCAGAGCACUGAUGAUCAGUAUGCCCUGAUGAUCAGUGUAGCCCCAGCAGUGCCACCUGUCAGUGUCCAUCAGUGCCAUGUGUCAGUGCUCGUCCAUGCCACCUGCCAGUGCCCAUCAGUGCCACAUCAGUUCCACAUAUCAGUGCCCAUCUGAGAUGCCUUUAAGCGUUACCCAUCAGUGCCGCCUAUCAAUGCCAGUCAGUGCCACCUAUCAGUGCUCCCAAUCAGUGCCGCCUAUCAGUGCCAGUCAGUGCCGCCUAUCAGUGCCAGUCAGUGCCGCCUAUCAGUGUGCAUCAGUGCCGCCUAUCAGUGCCCAUCAGUGCUGCCUAUCAGUGCCACCUAUCAGU